CCAUAUGAAUCCUCCAAAACAUUUCAUUCCCAGUUCGAAAUCUCUAAAGUAAACAAGUAGCUUUACAAAAAUUACAACCCCAAAAUGACAUCAUCCAACCCUUUGUUGGGGAUAAGUAAUGAAAACAAACGUUGUAUGUCCUACGGUAAUCCAACCUUUAAGAUAUACUAUGGAGUAAUGCGAAAAGCUGCAAUCAUUGCUUUUAUCCAGCAAAAAAGAUUGUUGAAAACAAAGAUGAUGGCUGAAAAUGGAAAGAAUAAAGAGUUACUUUACUUGAACGAUGUGAUCGAAAAAGAAAAUUCUCAAUAUAAGGAAGAUUUUUCUGAUAUCAAUAAGGAUAGUGCAGAAAUUAAGACUAUAGAAUCUACAGAAGACAAUUCAACUUUGACCCUACUUCAGGAAAAUGUUCAACAGAACCAGGAGAGUAAAGCAUUAUCUAAUGAGGUUGAGCAGCAUGCACAGAAAUCUAAUCUACUUAGGGCUAUACAUACCUACGAACCUCCGGUGCUUCCCCGUAUGGCUAUUGUCCUUCCAAGACCCCGAAAAUUUCCAAUCAUUGCCUUUACCACGAACAAAACAGGCUUUGAAAAAAGGAUUAUUGCUGAAAAAGUAAAAAAAUAUGAGUUGGACAAUACAAAUUCUCAAUGUGGAAAAGAAAUUUCUGAUAGCUCUAUGGAUAUUGGAGAAAUUAAGGAUAUAGAGUUAACAGAAGAGAACUCAACUUCAAAGGACUUGUCCCCAGAUCAAGAAUCCAAUUUGCAAAGGGCCAUACAUAUCGAUGAACCUCAGGUGCUUCCCCGCAUGGCUAUUGUCCUUCCAAAACCCCAUCGAGGUCGCACCGUGUGGAUCAAUCCAAUUGGCAACCAGUUUCCAUCUCGUCAAUUUGUGGCCUCGCUUCAUAUGCGCAUGACAGCUCCCCCAAAGGAUGUGAUUUGGGGCCCAGAGCUCAAUAAACAAAUUCGGGCUCAGAUAAAAAAGAUAAUCAUUAUAAUGAAGGCUCUUCAAGAUUUUAAAGACCUUUAUGGUCCCCGUUACCUGGAACCUAAACGCACUAAAAAGCCCAAGUACAAGGCAUUUGAUAUACUCCUAAUUUUCCUACUUAUAAUAAUCAUAAUAGCCUUUUCCUAUUACAUUUGGACUUUAUCAUUGCCUGAGGAGAUCCUACUGACGCUUUCAGGAAUGUUUACAGCAGUACUUUCUUAUAUAUAUUUCUUGGUCAUGAAAUAAAUCGAUUAUAAAUACUAGUUACAAA